AUGGCAUUCGGCCUAGUUGAAUUCGAAUCCGCAUGGAACGCCGCGACCGAAUCCCGCCCCCUCUGCUUUGAAAGCCUCUUCCUCCUGGGCUUCUUCAAAGGAGUGGCCUUCCUGUCCCACCCUGCUCAAGGCACCUAUUUGGACCGGCAUUUAAGAAUCAAGCUGUGGUUGGAGCCUCGAGAGAAAAUAGUGUGGGGGGCGGAUGGGGUGAAGGGGUGGCGGCCGCGAGUGCUGUAUAUCACACGGCUGGGGGCGGAGUUGAAGGGUCGGCGCACCUUUGUGCCGGAGAGUCAUGAGGCGCUGCUGAAGCUGAUGAGCGACCUGGACCUUGAGGUGACAAUGGCCGAGUUGGGGCACCUAACAUUCCGGCAGCAAUUCGAAGCGCUUCAAUCAGCUGACAUCAUCAUUACCAUCCACAGCGCCUCCUUCAUGAACGUUCCCCUCCUCGCGCGCCGCUCCGCUGUGGUGAUUGAGAUAAUGCCCUACAGGGUCGUGCAUGACUUGUACUAUUCGCUAACUCUCAACUCCGGAAUGCCGUAUUUCCUCAAGAUGUGUCGCAAGGGGGAGGAGCAGGAGGGGGAUGCUGCUUUCAAAGAGUUGAACGGCUUUGAUUGCAUGCGCAAGCAUGCAGCGUGCAAGGCCCACCAUGUGCACUUUCGGAGCGUAGAGCUCACGAACAGGGAUUUGCAGGAUUUGAGAACGAUGCUGAUGGUUGCAAAGGGGUUGGCUGGAGCGAUUUUGGGGGCGUUUGGGAGGGAAGUGGAGCCUGAUGAGCUGCCCGUGUGGGCAGAAGAAAAGUUGAAGGACGUGUGUGUUGCCUGA